AAAGAGGGCUUUGGGGUCAAGAUGGAGACUAUCUCCCGGAUAUCGUCGAUGCUGGAAACAGCUCGAGAGCUCACUCUUGAAGCAGCUCAGUCCGCAGCAAUGACCAGAGGCUCCAGUACAGGCCUUACAUCCCAAAAUGUGACCACCGCACAUAUCAAAAAGCUACUCGACAGUCGUCAUGAUCGGGAAGUCCUGGAUGGCAUGCGCAGGGUGAUCACGUUGAUGUAUCGCUCCGAGCCCUCCCUUCCUUUCUUCUCGGCAGUUGUCAAGAAUGUCGCAAACGCGAAUAUCGAGGUCAAGAAGCUUGUUUACAUCUACCUGGUUCACCACGCCGAGGCCGAGCCCGACCUUGCGCUCUUGUCCAUCAACACGAUUCAGAAAUCGCUUACGGAUCAAAGCCCCCAGGUGCGGGCCAUGGCACUCCGCACAAUGUCCGGCAUAAGAGUGCCAGUGAUCAGCCAGAUCGUUUCCCUUGCAAUUAAGCGUGGUUGCGGCGAUAUGAGCCCCAUGUCCGCAAAGCAGCUGCAUUGGCCAUUCCCAAGUGAUACCCAGUAUUUCGUCGCUGGGCCGGCUGUCUCCGCUUUCUUAGAAGUUUGUCCCGAUAGAAUCGAUCUUAUCCACAAGCACUACCGCGGUUUGGUCAAGAAGCUUGUCGAUAUGGAUGAAUGGGGCCAGAUCGCAACAUUACGCCUUUUAACUAUCUAUGCCCGAAAAUGUUUCCCCCCUAGAACCGAGAAAGUUAAGCAAGCGGUAUCGAAGGGCUUCUACGAUGAUGAAGAGGGAGAUGACGAGGGUGGCAGGGAAUACGAAGUCCCCAUAGUAGAUCCUGAUCUUGAGCUUUUGCUGCGCUCCUGCAGGCUACUUUUACAGAAUCGCAAUUCCGCAGUCAUUGUGAAUAUCGUUCGCUGUUUCCUGUAUCUCGCUCCACCAGAAUACCUUGCUGCAGUUGUUGGCCCUUUGGUCGCUCUACUCCGAAGCCCUCAGGACGUGCAGCAUAUUGUGCUAUAUAACAUUGUCGCUGUUUGCUUGCGUCAUCCCGCGCCAUUCAGAAAAUAUGUCUCUCACUUCCUCGUCCGUGCUUCAGAUCCGCCUCAUAUCUGGCGUCUAAAGCUCGAGAUUCUAACGAUUCUUUUCCCUCAUUGUGGUCUACACUUGAAGGGAGUGAUUCUUAGCGAGCUCGAACAUUUCUCCCAGGGAACGGAUCCCGAGCUGGUGCGUGAGAGCGUUCGCGCAAUCGGACGCUGUGCGCAAAGUGACCCUAGCACGGCUGGUCAUUGUCUUCGCCUACUGCUCAACCAAAUUAUUAGCCUGGAUGACAAUCUAGUAUCGGAAUCCUUGACUGUGAUUAGACAUCUAAUACAGCAAGAUCCAGCUUCGCAUGAACAAACGGUCAUUGAGUUGGUGAAACACCUCGGAUUGACGAAUAACCCGGAUGCUAGAGCGACUAUUGUAUGGCUAGUCGGAGAAUAUGCGGGUAUAGACCCGGAGAGGAAUUUUGCGCCAGAUGUUCUGCGAAUCCUGGUACAGGACUUCGCCAAUGAGGCAGAAGCCGUGAAACAACAGAUUGUUCUCUUAGGGGCUAAGGUGUAUCUACACCACCUUCUAAGGAACCCUCCCAAGGAGGAACCUCCGGCAAGCCCCAAGGUCGAGCAGCAGUAUAAGAAUGAGUGGACCGACGAUCAGGAGGAGGAGAAAAACGAAGAAAACAACCACGAUGAACAGAAAUCUGAACCAGAGGAAGAUAGAAUUACUCUCCUUUGGAGAUACCUCCUCCUCCUUGCUAGAUAUGACAGUUCAUAUGAUCUGCGUGACCGUGCUCGACUAUACAAAAAUCUUCUUUCUUCGCCUUCCUCGACGCAGCUUGCGAACUUGCUGCUUCUCGCACCGAAACCAGUGCCCCAUGCCCCUAGCCCAUCCGAGACAAGAAAGGAUCUUUUGAUCGGCUCGUCUACCUUGAUUGUUGGCCCGGACGCGGGUCCUCAUGGUCUCACAGGUUAUGAAAACCUCCCUGACUGGGUUGAGUUAGGAAAAGAACCUGAUCCCAGCCUUCGGGAGCCAGAUGUCAAAUCUGAGCUUACAGAGAAAGCACCUGCGACUGCAGGUGAACGCCUUGAUAGAGCGCUACGUGAGCAUCAGAACACUGUCUCAGCUGCAAGUAGACAGCCGAACGGGCGCAUGCCAGCAGCGGCAUCGGCGACGAAGACUAAGACUCUCGAUCAAUGGUUAGAGGACGAUGAAUCCGAAGAAGAAACAGAGUCAGGGGAAGAGGUUACAGACUCUGAGGAGGAGACUGAAGAGGAGACUGACGAGGAGGAAGAAGAUGAGGAGGAGGAGGAGGAGGAGGAAGAGGAGGAAGAGACCGAAGAAGAGACAGAUUCGGAUGACGGUGAAGAAGCAAGGCAACUCCUAGCCCAAAGAGAUACGCAUGUUCAAGGAUCCUCGAAAGAUGCACUUUGA